CGUGUUCGAUUGCUCUCCCCUGUCUAGAUGGACAACAUGGCCACGAUGCGAUGAGUAAUCUCUGUCUGGGUCGUUUGUUUCGGAAAAGCUAAACAUAACUCUACAAAACAUCGAAACACUCAAGAGCAAUGGGUUUGACGCAGAGCAGUGGUGAUGGGCCCGAGGGGGGAACAGAAGGAUAUCAUGUCCAUGGGGUUCAGGAAGACUCACCUGCAGAAAGAGCUGGUUUGGAGCCCUUUUUUGAUUUCAUCAUAUCUAUUGGCCAUAACCGCCUUAAUCAGGAGAAUGAUAUGCUCAAGGACCUCCUCAAAGCUAAUGUGGAGAAACCAGUCAAGAUGGAAGUUUACAGUACAAAGACGAUGAGGAUGCGGGAGCUAGAGGUGGUUCCCAGCAACAUGUGGGGUGGACAAGGACUUCUGGGAGCCAGUGUUCGUUUCUGUAGCUUUCAAGGCGCUAAUGAAAAUGUCUGGCAUGUUCUUGAUGUGGAGUCAAAUUCGCCAGCAGCAUUGGCCGGACUCCAGGAACAUUCAGAUUUCAUUGUUGGAGCUGACCAGGUUCUGCAAGAUUCUGAGGAUUUCUUCUCCCUAAUUGAAGCCCAUGAGGGGAAACCAUUGAAGCUGCUGAUUUACAAUACGGAGACAGAUAAAUGCAGGGAGGUCAUUGUUACACCAAAUGGUGCCUGGGGGGGAGAAGGAAGUCUUGGCUGUGGUAUUGGAUAUGGCUACCUGCACCGAAUCCCAGCACAACCCGAAGGCCCAAAAUCUGAAAAGGUCAGUUCAAGAGAGUCACCUGUGGCAGGGAACCCAGAGCAAGAAUAUCCAACAAAUGGAUUCUCAGAGGUGUCGCUGAUGGCGUCUGGUCAGUCAUUGAGUGGCAUGGAUCUUGAAACCCCACUGCCUCCUCCCAUUCAGAGAGUCAUGGAUCCUGGCUUCUCGGAUCACUCAGAAGUGGCCUUGAUGAAUUCGGAAGUUUCAGACAUUGCAGAUCGACUGGACCUCUCCACUUCUUCCAUCGACAUGACAAACACAUCUCUGGCUGUCAAAGAAGAUGCAGACGUAUCAGGUGUCGAGGAGCUUCAAGACAGUGAUUUCCAUAGUGGUGAUCCUGAGGAGCAAAUUACAGAGGAAUAUUCUGCAGUGGAUUUCAGCUCCUCCAUUACACCACCUUCAAAUGCUUCUCCUCCUCUUUCUCUGUCACACUCUCUUCUCCCAAAUCCUACUCUCGAGAAUAGCGUGCCGACAGACGUGGCAUCUUUGAUGAAUUCUUCAAUCCCGCCUCUCGACUCUUCCAUACCUGCACUAGACAUCUCUUCCCUGCUCAUUGACCCCGCCGCUCUUCAUUUGGAGUCGUCUGCUCUGCCUGAAGAACAUUUCCCCUCAGAAACUGAUGGUGUCAGUCAGGGUUUUUCAGAGAAGCCUCAAUCAUUUGAGGGCCAAGAGGAGCCUGUUUCCUCUGAUCUGACCUCAUUUGAUUCUCAUAAUGCUGAUGUUGAAGCUGAAGCUGCUCUCCAGUAGUGUCAAUACCAGGUACAGUCUUGUAUCUUGUUUACGUGGUUGCUCAACAAUCAUCGAGUGUGUGUUUUCUAAUGGCUUUGUUACUGUUAGAAUCUUGAGAGUGUGUUUUUUUAAUGGUUGUGUGCAAUUUAUUUUAUUUAGUGGUUUUUGUGCUGAUAGGCUUUAUUAUAGGCUGUUGGAAUGAAAGUAGGCCACUGGUUCCUUUUAGAUACACGAUCUUAAUUUAGUUUUAUGUUACUAAGUUGAAACCUGAUUAACUCUGCUUAGAUUCCUUAGACUUGUUUAAGUCCCACGGUAAGUUGAAAGUAGCACACUAAUCCUUUAUUUAAUUGACAGUUUGUUCUAAAUAUUUUAGUAUUUAUUCAGCUACUUCACGAGCACUCAUGGAUGGCUGCAUUCAAUUGAAUAACUGUAGAUUGUGUAGAGUUAAAGGCAGAAUAUAUAAACAGGAUCAUUGGAACACUGUGACGCAAUAGACUUAUUUUGUCUAGACAAAACAUUACAAUAAUUUGUUGCUAUUUAAUCGUUAAGAAGUUUUGCAACAUAUUGGGUUUUUAUUGAUUUUCUUUGGGUGUUUGUAAAGCAAAGCACAGUUUUUAAAAUACUGGAUGUGGGUUUUGUGUUUUAAUCAAAUUCUUACUUGUUACUUUGAAUUUUUUUCCCGCUGAGUACACAGCCUUUCUAAUUAAAAAAAAAUUGAUAACAUAUAUAUACAGUUGAAGUCAGAAUUAUUAGCCCCUCUGACGUAUUAGCGGCCGUUUAUUUUUUCCCCAAAUUUCUGUUUAAUGGAGGGAAUAUUGUUUCAGCACAUUUCUAAGCAUAAUAGUUUUAGAAACCUAUUU